AUUUAUCAGUCCGAAAUGAAUGCAAACGAAAGAGAUCCAGAAUUAACAUACCACACCGCAGGGUCCCUAUUCCUUUUUGAGGACAUUGAACGCUCCCCGAAAACAAUCGGCGUUCCUUGGAACGACCCUCAGCGCCAAUCAGAAACGACGAGCCGAGAUCAAACUAAAAAAUCCUGUCCCAGGGAAGAUGUUCGCUCUUUUGUUCUUUCUCGCUCGCUACCCGCCACUGUCGUUUCUUCUAGCUCAUGUCCAAUGCCGAUGGCUUAAUCAUAGUUGACGACCAGGAUGCUGAUGUAUCGUACACGGGCUCGUGGAUAUCCGCCGGGUCUGCACUGGAGUACAGUGAAACGAUACACGCUUCUAACGAGACGGGAGCGUCGAUGUCGUAUAACUUCACAGGGACAUAUAUUUCCAUCUACGGCGACUACGAUCCAGGGGGCUCGUGUUCUUUGAUUUUUAGUCUCGAUGGACAGUCGACGACGGUUUAUACUCCGGAGAUUAAUGCGACAGCGCACCAUCGCCAGAUAUGGGCGUCUUCGCAAUUAAGCAAUGGCAACCACACACUCGUUUAUUCCGUUGACUCGUGUCACAGGGUGAAUGCUAAUUCAUCUGGAACGUACAGUUGGUUCGACUACAUAUUGUAUCAACCAUCCCCGGGUACCUUGCCUACUGCGAAGUAUGUUAUCGAUGAUACCAGCACGGAUAUCCAAUGGGCAGGCAACUGGUCACGAACUGGCAUAGACGGGGAUUUUAAUGUCACUGCCCAUGCAAGCAGCGAGGGCGCGUCGCUUGAACUUAAGUUUACAGGCUCAGCUAUCACAGUUUACGGCCGGUUGAACAACGUCACAAAUAGCUCAACCUCUGCUGCGUUUGCCAUCGAUGAUGGAGCGGGGGAAACCUUCAACGCUUCAGCUCCAAACGCAAUUGUUUUUAAUGAACAGUUCUUUACUUCUGCGGCUCUUUCCCAGCAAGAACAUACUCUCACAAUGACUGCGCUGUCGGAUGCUAUUUAUAUCGACUAUUUUAUUAUUCGGUCCACCCAAUCUGAUUCUUCUAGAGGCACUCCCACUGAGUCGUCAGGGAGGUCACGUCACAUUGGGGCUAUUGCCGGUGGAACUAUCGGUGGAGUUGUAGGCCUCGUAGCCAUCGCAGUUGCUGUCUGCUUUCUACUUAAGCGAGGGAAGCAACCAGGGAAAAACAAAGAUCUUAAUUCAUUGACCCCGCCGCCAUCAGCCAUUGGUACCGGGAGAAGAGGUACCGUGUUGGUCAGGAACUCCGUAGACGGGAGUUAUUCGCUCUCGGGAAUGGUCUACUCCCAUGGCCAGCACACACGCAUGCGGAGUGUUCAUGCUACACCUUCUGAUGAUGAUAUUUCCGCCGCACCGGAGCGACGUCUGGUAUCACACUUUUCUAUAGGCUCGUCCAUUGCAUCAUCCCAUGGGAGGUAUGCCUCUCCUGAUCGAUAUGUUACCUAUGACGAUCCAUUUCACAUUCCGACUCAACCAACCACGCCAAGAACUCCCACCUCAAGAACUAGUUCGUCACCCUUUCUCACAAGCAUACCUGAAUCUCCUCCAGCCGGACGAUCUGUCUUUUCUCGCCUAUACCGUUCCUCUCCUCGUAAAACCCGCACCCAUAGGCACAUUCUUUCUGAUGGUCCAUCUUACCCUGCAGACCAUGGCCUAAGGUCACUCCCAGUGUCCCCUGGCACGUCAUUAUAUCAAUCGUCCUAUCAACCAUCCCAACCAUCCAGCCGAGACCUUCCGCACAGCGUCACAUCUAUUGACGCUAACGAUUAUUUCCCGUCAAUCUCUGAUCUCAAAAGACGGCAAUUACCAGAACCGGGCCCAAACCAACGACCGAGGGAACAGUCGGAACUUGCACAUGAAGAAUUUCAUGGCACGGGUGUGCCGGGUAACCUCUCGUCCUUUACCUGUACCAGGAUCCUCACCCUCAUUCCCUACUCCUUCUGGUUCAUCUUCUCAGAACGGCUCUACGUAUACACCUCGUGUUGCGCGAAAAGGAACCGACAAUCUCACAGGACCUGAUCCCGGCGCCGCUGAUUUGAAACGGUCAGGCGCUCUGAUGACCCUUUCGAGGGAGGGUAUGUCGACAUCAACCCUCCCUAUAGUACACACAGACAGUGGAUUGCGGUACACGAACGACCCAAGUAGUGGGCCGUCGGCGGAUGAUAUUGA